AAAGCCUCGCGUCGGCGGCUCAGUCAAUCGCCGGUCGGCCGAGCGGGCUGAAGUCGGUUCUGCGUUGGCUGGAGAAUGUCCAGCCUUCCCAAAAUGACCCAAAAUAAAGCAUUCCUUUCUUUGCUUUGGAUCUUGACAAUGCUUUGCAAUUUCUGCUUAACUGCCUUGCCACAGAAACCUGAAAACAUUUCUUGCAUUUAUGAUUACAAUGGUACUCUUAGUUGCAGCUGGACCUCUGGAAAAGAAACAUCCAGUGAUACAACAUACAUUAUCAACACUUCUUGGUAUAAAAGUAAGGAUUAUACCUGUGAAAUGAAAAAUGGUUUAUGUUCAGUGUACAACGUUCCAGAUGGUUCUUAUCGUAUACAAGUCACAGCAAAAAAUAAUUUUGGAGAAGUAGCAUCCCACCAGACUCUCCUACAUUUGCGAGAGAUAUUGAAACCUGGUCCUCCUUCCAUAAUGAAAGUAGAAGGGAUGAAGGGAAUGCUAAAGGUUUGCUGGGAAAGACAUAACGAUGACAAAAGUUUUGAUCCUGUUACGUGCCAGAUUCAAUACCAAGCCACAACAAAAAAUAUUUCAUCAGUUAUCAAUGUCCAGAUGGGUAGCUAUGAAAGAGAAAAAUGUUCAAAUCUCACUGGCCUAUGGAAUUUUACAAAUUAUACAGUUGUUGUUCGAUGCAAGGUUAAUGAGUCAAGAUUCUGGAGUGAAUGGAGCAAAAAAGCAACAAACAGAACAGAAGAACAAGCUCCUUUGAAAGUAGACUUAUGGAGAGUAAUUGAAACUUUUCAUCCUAAUGGAAACAGAAGUGUGCAUCUUCUGCGGAAGGAACAUAAAGAAUUCCCAUCUUCAGGAAUAAUAGUUGGCUAUACAGUAAAGUACAUCAUGGAAAACAACACUACUGAAUUAAAAUACAAUCAGAAUGAGUCUGUAAUUUUCAACCUGAUGGGGGAAGCCUGUGAAAUCAGUGUUAUUGCUCAUAACAGCGCUGGAGAUUCUCCUGAAGCUACUAUUAGAAUUCCAUCAAUAGGAGAAGAAAGUGUGGAACAUCAAAGAAUUGCUAGUCUGAAGGCUUCUCCUUCAGGAGAGGAAAUGAUUUUGACAUGGGAUCCAACAGAUUCAGAAAUAAAUGGUUAUAUUAUAGAAUGGUACGAUGAACUGGAGACAGACCCAGACAAGCGAUCUUGGGAUAGAAUAACAAAUAUCACAGAAUGGACUUCCCCCAAAGGAAUCUUUAAACGCCAUACAUGCUAUCAUUUUUCAGUAUACCCUCUGCAUAAAGGUGAAAUAAAAAUGCCGAGUUCUACCAAUAUCUACUUUUAUGAAGGAAUCCCAUCUAUAGGUCCUAAUGCUGAAGUGAAAAAUCCUGGUAAAAAUGAUGCCAUCAUAAAAUGGGAAGAAAUUCCAAAAUCAGAAAGAAAUGGUGUAAUUAUUAACUAUACUAUAUUGUAUAAAGCAGAAGAUGGAAAACAAUUGGAAGAAACGGUGAAUGGCAGUGUCCUGCAGUACCAACUUAAAUCCUUGCAAUCCAACACCAGGUACAGAGCUCAGAUUAGGGCAAACACCACUGCUGGAGGACAAACUGGAAAAGAAACUUACUUUGUUACUAAGCUAUUUAGUAUAACAGACAUUGUCUUUAUAACUGUUUCCAUUGGAAUAUUCAUGUCAUGCCUAUUAAUUGUUGGACUAUUAUGGGCUGUAAAAUAUCAAAUGAUGAAAAGGAUUUGCUGGCCUCAGAUACCACGUCCUGUAAUAGCAAGUUGUCCUGCUGCAUCUCAGAAAAUCAUACUGGGCAACUCACCUUCUGAGGAUGACAUCAAUAUUUUGAAAACAGAUACUUGCAGUGAGAAUGAGUUACCGUUGCUGAAUCCUGAAGACUGCUUCAAACAAGCAGAUGUUACUGCAAAAAUUAUGGUUGCUGGUCAAGAGACUUUUUGCACUGGAGAAUACAAAGCUCUAGAGUGUUUUCUUCCAGUGUCAUCUUUGAAGGAUGACUCCAAGAAUCAAAUACUUCCAGCUGUGACCAGGGAUUCCGAAAGUUAUGUAAAUGAAGAAAUGCCACAUCAGGUAAAUUUAAAGGAGAGAACUGAAUUUAAUCCAUAUUUGAAAAACUCAGUUUGUACAAGAGAGUUCCUGGAUUGUGAGAAUGUAGAACAAAAUACAAAAGAAACUGAAACCCAGCAUGUUCCCUUGGCCUGUUACAUACCAAAUAGCACUGGACAUCCUUAUAUAGCAACGGAUGCAGUUAAAUUAUUCACAAAGUAUUAAUUGCAAAAUACUUAAAAAAAAAAUCCUAUGGGACAUCCUAUGUUGAAUGACCACUUGUCACAGCUGCUGUUUUACUAAAUAUUGAUCACGUAAGAACUGCAUGUUUUUUCAACUGUUGUUAAUGGUUGAUAAAUUUUGUUCCAGAUUUAUUAGGAGAUAUAAAAUACUUACAUCAGGGUGUCAUGUUUCUCACUUGCUCUGUUUCCUAAUAAAAUAUAAUGAUAAACUGAAUAGAAAAAGUGGAGAAACAUUAGAUGUAGAAGAAAAUGCAGCAUCAUUAUGAGUUAAAUAGUAUUCAUAUGUCCUUACUUUCUGUUGCAUUUAUCCCCUGCUUACCUGACCCAAAGAGCUGAAGAUAUACUUCUCCCAGUUCACCAAUUGUUUCAAAGUAUUAUAUUUGUUGAAUAUGCUUUUGUCACAAGUACAGUCAAAGUCAUGUCUU